CCCCACCCUGUUCUCCCACAGUAUGGCUGAUAAGAACGGAGCUCUUAAGUGCACCUUCUCAGCUCCCUGCCAUAGCACCAGCCUCCUGCAGGGCCUGGCUACACUUCGAUCACAGGGCCAGCUCCUGGACGUUGUGCUCACAGUCAACAGAGAGACUUUUCAUGCACACAAGGUGGUACUGGCUGCCUGCAGCGACUACUUCAGGGCCAUGUUCACAGGAGGCAUGAGGGAGGCAAGCCAGGACAUCAUUGAGCUGAAGGGCUUGUCAGCACGUGGCCUGCAGCACAUCAUUGACUUUGCCUAUAGUGCUGAAGUGACGCUGGACCUAGACUGUGUGCAGGAUGUGCUGGGUGCGGCUGUGUUCCUGCAGAUGCUACCGGUGGUGGAGCUGUGUGAGGAGUUCCUCAAGGCUGCCAUGAGUGUGGAGACCUGCCUGCACAUUGGCCACAUGGCCACAACUUUCAGCCUGGCCUCCCUCAAAGAGUCAGUGGAUGCCUUCACCUUCCGGCAUUUCUUGCAGAUUGCUGCAGAAGAAGACUUCCUGCAGUUGCCGCUGGAGCGCCUUGUUUUCUUCCUGCAGAGCAACCGUCUACAGAGCUGUGCUGAGAUUGACCUGUUCCAUGCCGCUGUCCGCUGGCUGCAGCAUGACCCUGCCCGAAGGCCUCGCGCCAGCCAUGUGCUCUGCCAUAUCCGUUUCCCACUCAUGCACUCGUCUGAUCUGGUGGACAGUGUGCAGACUCUGGACCUCAUGGUAGAAGACGUGUUGUGCCGCCAGUACCUGCUAGAGGCCUUCAACUACCAGGUGCUGCCUUUCCGGCAGCAUGAGAUGCAGUCUCCGCGCACAGUUGUGCGCUCCAACGUGCCCUCGCUGGUGGCCUUUGGUGGCACACCCUAUACCGACAGUGACCACGCUGUCAGUAGUAAAGUAUACCAGCUGCCUGAGCCAGGAGCCUGCCACUUCCGUGAGCUCACAGAGAUGGAGGUGGGCUGCAGCCACACAUGUGUGGCCGUGCUGGACAACUUUGUGUAUGUGGCUGGGGGCCAGCACCUGCAGUACCGCAGUGGUGAGGGUGCGGUGGAUGCCUGCUACCGCUACGACCCUCACCUGAAUCGAUGGCUGCGCCUGCAGGCCAUGCAGGAGAGCCGCAUUCAGUUCCAGUUGAACGUGCUGUGUGGCAUGGUCUAUGCCACAGGUGGGCGAAACCGGGCCGGCAGCCUGGCCUCAGUUGAAAGAUACUGCCCGCGGCGCAACGAGUGGGGCUAUGCCUGCUCAUUGAAGCGCCGCACCUGGGGCCACGCAGGUGCUUCAGCUGGGGGUCGCCUCUACAUCUCAGGUGGCUACGGCAUCUCAGUGGAGGACAAGAAGGCACUGCACUGCUAUGACCCCACGGCUGACCAGUGGGAAUUCAAGGCACCCAUGAGUGAACCCCGUGUGUUACACGCCAUGGUGGGUGCUGGCAGCCGCAUCUACGCCCUGGGUGGCCGCAUGGACCAUAUGGACCGCUGCUUUGACGUGCUGGCUGUGGAGUACUAUGUGCCCGAGACGGACCAGUGGACCAGCGUGAGCCCCAUGAGGGCCGGCCAGUCAGAAGCUGGCUGCUGCCUGCUGGACAGGAAGAUCUAUGUCGUUGGGGGCUAUAACUGGCGCCUCAACAAUGUGACAGGCAUUGUGCAGGUAUACAACACUGAGACAGAUGAGUGGGAACGUGACCUGCACUUCCCUGAGUCCUUUGCAGGCAUUGCUUGUGCCCCAGUCCUGCUGCCCCGGGCCAGGAGCAGGAGGUAGCUCCCAGGACACCCCCUACAAACACACCCAUGACCUGGCCGCAUGUUGUUCCUGCCAGGGGCUUGGUGAGCACAUGUCCCAUGGAGAAUCUCAGGCCCCCUCUCCCUGGGCUGACUGUAUAGGCCCACUGUAUUGAUAAGCCUCCUUCCUAGAGUCUUUCCUUCUCAAAGCAGAUCUUGGCUCUGUGCCUGCCCGGGGAGCCUACCAGUGAGGAGGUCCAUGUGUUGUGGCAGAAAAUUGGAGCCUGGGUGGUUUUUUUUGUCUGCACAGAGUCCUCACUCAUGAGCCAGAAUUGGGGGUCUUUUUGGGGUGUUGUGCCCCACUUUUUCCCCAUCCCUCAGCCUGGCAGUCUCAGAUGUUCAGAUGUGGGCUCAUUAAUGUCAUUUCAAAUUCAUGGUAUGUCACUCUCCCCUUCCUGAGUUUCUUGUGCA